CGCGAUAGGAAAGGACUCUUUCAGUUCGCCGCUCCAAGGACUUCGGAGUUCAUCAAGCAGGCCAUCGAGGAGAGCGAGGAGCAAAAUAACAAAUAAUGGAUCGCAAGACGCGGCGGGCGAACUUCAAAAACCUGCAGCCCCGAUCGACGCGAAGCACCAAAGCAAACGCAGAAACAUUAUCGUUAUCCACCUACUUUGCCACACCCGAAAGUGCUGAAGAAGCUCCGCCAUGUGCCACAGACAAUGCCAUGGAGCUCGAUCCGCCUGCACCCAAAAUCAAACCAAUACGCGCCAGCAAUGUGUUCGAAAAACCUGGACCGAAGCCCAAAAAGGCGCCCAAACUGAAGGGCAGCACUGGGCCAUCGUCGAGUGGCGCACGUCGCGGACGCGGAAAGAGUAAACAGCAGCCCAGUAUCAGCAACUUUCUGCGCAACGAGCAGAUCUUCGCGGAGGUGACCGCCCAGCAUUGCAUGGCGGACAACUUCAGUCCGGAUGACAUUGAAAUGGCGCUGGCGCUGUCCAAGUCGGAGUGUGAGAAGCAGGGACGCCUGCGCUUGCACGACGAUGACGAUGCUGUGGUGGACCUACUGGAUGAUGAAGAGCAGGCCACGGAUAAAAUACGGCGGAAACUGCAGAAGUAUGGCUUUCGCACUGCCGCCAAGGAGGAUUAUAAAUCUCUGGCGGUUCUGCCUGUGAUGGCCGGAAAAGGAGGUAGGCGUGGCAAGUGGGCCAAUAAGUUUACUGCCCUAACAUUAAGAAAUCCGGAGGUGCAACAAAAGAAGCUCGAGGAGAAAGUGUCUGCACUGCUGGCACAACAAGUGCGCAUCAAGAGGUCGAAGGGCAAUGACUGUUUGUUACCACCUAACACUGUGAUCACUGCAGCCCUUCGGGAACUCAGAGCUGAAGGUGAAUCUAGUAUCCUUCGAGAACCAAGCGAAGGGCCCAUAGAUGACCUUAGAUUAUACUACGUAACCGACUUGUUUGAAGUAAGUAAAACGCCAGCGCACCAUCUUUUGAAGAAUUGGGCUGCGAUACAGGGAAGGGAUUUCUCUCCAGAGCGUGAGACACAAAAAUCACGCCAAUUGAGGCAACAACAUGAACUUGUCUACGCUGAGUUGGAAAGGCACUUCGGGGAUCCGCAGAAGUUGGAACAAGAGGUGAUGGAGGAGCUGGAUGAAUUGGAAAAACUGGUGGCAGAAAACAUGAUCGAAGAUGACUCCCUGGUGAUAAAUAAAGUGGAGGCAGAAACAUCCUCGACUAGCAGCAGUCCAUCUAAGGAGCCGCCGGAUAAGCGACCAAAAAUGUCAGUGGAAGAUAAAGAAAACCUGCAGCCCACAACCUCAAAAGCCAGCUUAACCGUUCCCACCCAGUUAACUCGCUGCACAUCGCCUGAUCUCUUUGCGGAUUCCGAAGAUGAGACGGAUAUAGUAAUGACUGCUAGCUCAAAGGAACCCGAAGAUGUUAGAAAUCUUUCAAUAAAGGUCUACAAGAAUGUAAGCACAUCCGAACGAUCAUCUCCAGUCAAAGAAAUAGAAAUUAUAUCCAGCAACGAUGAGCCUUCUCAGAUAACCACGUACGAAGUGUUUUCCAGUUCCAGCGACGAAGUAAAGACUGUUUCCAACGCUACGCAGGAGAAGAUUUCUUUUGAAGACAAACCGAUUGACGACUUUAUAGACCUAACACAAGAGUUCGAAAUGGCGGUAUUUAAUGAGUCGAGGCCUAAAACCCCAAAUUUAAAUGAAUCAUCUGAAACAGAUUUCAAUGUGGACAACCUAAAUGGCAACACACUACUAGAUUUCAGUUCCCAGGAGGUUAGUUGUCCCAUCUCCAAAGAAUUGUACCAAAAGUAUGCCAGUGUGGAUACAUUUCCUGCGUGGAGUGCAGCAGAAGAGGAGAAUAAAGUUGAGUUUUCAUUGAGUUUGGAGAGAGAUUUGAAGAGUUCCGAGCAGUCUUCGAUCCAUCUCGGCAUAUUAAACACUCCGAACGACACUGAACGGAGUUCAAGUGAUUUGAAUUUCUCAAGGAACUCUUUUCAAAGGAGCGUUAGUCUAUCAACGGAUCUCGGUUUCAAAAGUCCGCUGAGCUGGAAAGCAAACUUAUCGGCUGAGAAGAGGGUAUCACUUGCAGCUUCGCCGGAUAAACAGUCAGAUGCAAGUGUGGAUUUAACACAGAACAGCAGCAGCGAUGAUGAAGACGACGCGAUUCUGCUCUCCGACGAGGAAAUCAAUUACUCCAUAUGGAAGUCCAAUAGAAGCGCAAACGACUUGGAUAUCGACGACGAUAGCUCAGACAAUUGCUUUGCAUCUCCGGUAUCGAAAAAACGAGCUGUCCCACAGUUCCAAACCGAGGAGGAUCUAGAUGCCUUUUUGAGGGGCUUUUCAACGACUGCCAAUGGAUCGCAAAGUUCGCAUUCACCCAACCAAAGUUGCCUUAGCAAGGAGCGCGCAGAGUUUGGAAUACUGGAUGCAGCUCCGUCUCAACCCUUCAGCCUCUUCGAGUUCCAAAGUCCGGUAAAAGAGCAGACAUCGGCUAGCGAAAUCAACUGGGCUGAAGCUUCAUUUCUGGAUGCACCCGUAAAGCCGUUGGCUCGCAGGAGUAGCCACAAAUUUAAUGAACUCUUGGCGAAAGUUAGCAAACCUGGGCAUAAUUCCGAUGAUGACUUUGACGAAUUCGAUCAGAUGGUUUUCCAAAGCACAAAGGAAGCCUCCAAUGUUGGCGAAACAAAUGGCAUGCCUCGCGGACUGGACCUCUUGUUAAAGGGAGAGAUAAAAACCACAGCGAUCCCAGUGCCAAGUACACCCAGCAACCAAUCUCCUAUUGUGCCGGAGCAAGUAAAUGUAGAUGGUAAUGUCUACACCGUGCGUGUUUGCCACACACCUAAGCCAGAUUUCGCGACUCUUUCCGAAUCGGAGAUCCUCCAGCAGCUCUACAACUACGGUAUUAAGCCACUGAAACGCAAGCAGGCCGUGAAAAUGUUAGAAUUCAUCUACAAUCAAACGCAUCCCAUAAUGAAGACUGCUGCUGUCCAGGACGCGCCACCCAGAACAGAGCCAAUCGUCCGUUCCAAAUCAAGUCCUGUGGUUAUGGAGAGGCCACAUUCGAAGGCAACCAAGUCUACCAAUAAGACUCCUUCGACGGCAACUGAGCCGAAAAAGGAUUUCAAGUUCAAUGAUGGCACGGGCGAGGAACUGCUGCGCUUUUCCCAAACCCUGAUCCCAGGGCUUUGUGACGACUUCGAGACCUUUGUCAUGCAAACGAACGUUACCAAGAAGACACCACAGCCGCUGGUGCCACUGCACAUCGCCUGGCACAAUCUUCUCUGUGCCAAUCCGCUUCUGCACGAAAGUGUGCUCAUGUACGAGCCCAUUGAUUUGCAGGCGGUCUACUUGCACUUUAAGCACCUGGGUCACCGAUACGAUCCGAAGGACUUGAAGACCUUCUUUGACCGGCGUUGCAUUAUCUUUCGCUAUGAAUUGGCUGCUCCUGGGAAACAGGCGGAGCAUCAUGUGCGGAGGCACCACAAAAAGCCGUCAAAGAGAAGUUAGGUUCCAUUAUCCGUUAUUUGCAAGUCAAGUUUGGAAUUUUUUUGUAGUUACAGUCCACUUCGAAUGCAUUGAAUUAUGUUCUAGUAUUACCUUAGAAUGUAUUAUUGAA